GCAGCUGACCACUAGAUGUCACUGGUAGGGUCUGUCUUUGAGGCUUUGAAUCAUUUUUGGUACAAUCAGGGAAAAGCCUCAAAAGCUUCACAAGGCUUCAUCUGCCCAUCUCUACAUAAUAUUACUCGCGCGUGCGAGAAGAACCUGAGAUAUCCGUGGAUAAGGUGCGUCACGCGGGUUUUUCCGCAGGGCGGGGCUUUAUGGGACUCUUUCGCUUCGCGGAGGCUCGCGGAAGAAAAGCUUCGUUGCGGUGUUUCUUUAGGGUUGUUAGUUCUUCACCGAAGUCCGGAACCGGCCGACUGCCACCCGACAGACGGUAAAAUGGACGGGCUCUUUCACACCUGGGCGCAGCCCACCGUGGCUCAAGGUCCGUAUGUAGAGAUCAUCGAGCAGCCGAAGGCGCGAGGGAUGCGUUUCCGUUAUAAAUGUGAGGGUCGAUCUGCCGGGAGUAUACCUGGAGAAAAGAGCAAUGAUACCACCAAAACACACCCCGCCGUCAAGGUUCAUCAUUACAGCGGUCCGCUGAGAGUGAGAAUCUCACUGGUGACCAAGAAUCAGCCGUAUAAACCUCACCCACACGAGCUGGUGGGCAAAGACUGUAAACAUGGAUAUUAUGAGGCUGAUUUACAGGAGCGACGCAUUCACAGUUUCCAGAAUCUGGGGAUUCAGUGCGUUAAGAAAAAGGACGUGGGAGAAGCUGUGUCCUGUCGACUACAAACACAAAACAACCCGUUUAACAUUCCUGAAGCUAAGAUCUGGGAGGAGGAGUUUGAUCUGAACGCCGUACGGCUGUGUUUUCAGGUGUUCAUCACUCUGCCCAGCGGUGAUCUGUUUCGUCUGGAGCCCGUCGUCUCUCAGCCCAUCUAUGACAACAGAGCUCCAAACACGGCUGAGCUGAAGAUCUGUCGAGUGAACAGAAACUCCGGCACCUGUCGAGGAGGAGACGAGAUCUUUCUUCUGUGUGAUAAAGUACAGAAGGAGGACAUCGAGGUGAGGUUUUUCUGGGACUCGUGGGAGAGCAAAGGAUUGUUCUCGCAGGCUGACGUUCACAGACAGGUGGCCAUCGUGUUCCGCACGCCGGCGUACCGCGACACCAACCUGACGGAACCCGUGCGUGUGAAAAUGCAGCUGCGCCGGCCGUCUGAUCGAGAGGUCAGCGAACCCAUGGACUUCCAGUACCUGCCCGCAGAUCCAGAUGAGCACAGAAUCCUGGAGAAGAGAAAGAGAACGGAAGGAAUGCUGCAAAACCUCAAACUCAACAGCAUCAUUUCAGGUUCAUCCGGUCCCGCGGACAGACGGCCGUUCACCACAGCCAAAAGAUCUCUAGCCAAACCUGUAGCCGCGAGUGGGCUCCUGACAGCUUCAGCCGUGUCUGGAGGUCCAUCAGUGAAGGCGUCUCAUCCGUUCUUCAGCGCGACUCCUGGUCAUCUGUUUGCUCCGUCCUCUCAGAGCUCACUCAAAGCCGAGCCGUGCGCGUCCGCCGGAGACACGUGGCCGUUCCUCAGCACCUUGGUCGAUCCUCAGCUCAAAGCCAGCGCGACUCAAGACUUCCCCACCGUCAACCUGUCCGACCUACACGACUUUCCCUUCAGCAACUUCGCCGCACGGCCACAAGAUCAGAUCAACGCAGCCGGCGGAGGCGACGGUGUCGGCGGCACAGCGGUGUCACAAGACGCGCAGAAUGCGUUCGGCGGCGGACCCUUCAGGGUCGAUCCCUCCCUGACCGAAGACUUUCCUGAGUUCCCCAGCUUCUCCGAAGUGCAAGGCUCUGACGUGGAGAACAUCAACAUCGAGGAGAUCCAGGCGCUGCUGGGUCAGAGCGGACUCUCUGCUGAAGGAGGACUCGCCAUGGCAACCUCAUCAGUCAUGGGCAAGUCUGCGGACGCGCCGGAACAGUCCGCCAAUCCUGCCGGGAACGGCUCCGCCUGGAUGCCCCUCCCCCCGAGCAUUGCCAGCUACAUAAAUCACGAGAACAUGAUUGACAGUCCGCAGGCUCCGCCCCCCGGGUCCUCUGUACUGGAGGACUUCGAAAUGAUCAGUUCCAUGGAUGAAGAUCGUCUCAUGUCCAUCUUGACCAGCAACAACCAAGUGGGCUUUCAGCCUGGACAUCCCACCUAAUUGCUGAAGUGGAGAAACGUUUUUAUCUGGACAUUCAGGUGACUCUUACCUGUCAGAACAUGUGGUGGGGGGUCUCAUGUAGUGCCUUAAGUUUAAAGUCACCAUCGGACAUCAAUGUACAGCUUCUCUGCAGACAGUGACGCGUACAGCCUGACAAACACAGUUGCCUUGGAAACCAGCGCAGCCAAUCAUCGUGAACUGAAAAUUUUGCAUUAUUGCCAAGUGACGUUUAGAGAUUUAUAACCUGCACUGAACAAGAGUUACAGUAAAAUAUCACCCACGUGAGAAAAUACUGUGGUAUACUUUCAUAUUUACUACAGUAAACUUUACGUACAUUACUCUGUAUGAUACGGCGGUAUACUUCAUUACAAUACUGUACUAUAGAAAACUGUAGUGGUUUUAAAUCAACACUGAAGUAUACCACAGUAUUUUUCAUGUGGGUUCUUAAAAUUGAAAUGAAAUUUAAAAAAUGACCAUUUAUUUACUUACACUUGGGUAGUUGACAAACAUCCCGCACGUGUGUGUCUUAUGGUGUGACAGCAAAAAUUAAGAAAACAAACUGUCAGUUAUAUAUUCUUUAUAUUAUUAUUAUUUAUGUUUAUAAUAUAAAAUAAAAUAACAACGAGGAUUUGUAAUAAAUGAAUUGAUUGUGAAUGCAAGACAUCAAGCGUUCACUGUUGGGUUUGAUAAACACAGUGAUGUUCUCUCUAUAAGCAGACAGCGCACACGUCAUCAUUUUUUCUGGCCUGUAAUGAAGUUUGGUGUCAAUGUUCUGUCUGUGACGGUUGUGUUUUUGACUGGUUUAACAUCAUCUUCUGCCUGUGCACUUGUAAAAGAUUUGAGCUGUAAACCUGUCACCUGUCACUCUCGAUGCUUUGCUCAGUAUGUGAUCUUAUUAAACACACGUGUAUAGUU